UUGGGAUAGUGGAAAAUAUCAUUGGUCCCUGUUUGCUUGAAUACUGUGCUCAUAUCAUGUGUAGGCUUAUUACUAAACUUUCUUAUUGGUUUGCAAAGAGCGAGUCUUGGUUGGGUAAUCAUUAGUUAGAGGAACACAAUGAUUCCAGUUCUUGGUAUCCUUUACCUCAUCUUUCUCUUCUUAAUAAACACCAUCUUGGCCGAUCAAGAACAAAAAUGUGAAGCUCUGAUUAUUGUAGAGUUUAUCCCACCAACUCCGACAGUAUCCAUUCUGAGUGUGGGGUUUUUGCCAUUAAAUUGUACAACAAAAACACCAACACUCUUAGACAGAGAGGGGGAAAGAUAUCAAGUUAGAAGUCUGUGGCGGAAUAAAACAGUUCUUAUUCAUGAUCAAUUUCUUCAACAACAAUUGAACUCGAAAAACUGCGAUUCCACUUACAGGGCUCCAUUACAUUAUUCUUCGAUUUUUUCUUCCGAGUUAAUAAGCCCUAAGCUCACCUUUUUCAAAUGCUACAAAAAGCAAAAUAUUGGUGAGGCUAUUGUCCGUGAACUUAGAAAAUAUCAAGGCUGCCGCGAUGAUCAGUAUGUUAUAUACUAUAAUUACCCAGAGCAGCUCAAUCCAUCUCAGAUUCAUCUUUUUCUCUCUUUCCCUCUUUGUUCAGUUGCUCACCUACCCUUAGUUCAUAACCCACGAUCACUUACCAACGAUAGUGAUCUGUUUUCUCUUUUUACUGCUGAGUUUUAUUGGAAAUGGUACUGGUCACCUGAGUGUCUGGAGUGCUCCAAAGGUGGAGGCCACUGUCUUCAUGACAAUAUUAACCGAACAUUCAAAUGCGAUCCGGGGCCACGCCGAAACAAUAUUAUUAUAGGUGUAUGCGCUGCAAUUGGGGCAAGUCUUUUAACUGUCCUUGCAUUUAUCUUAUUCCGACGCUGGCGUCGGAGAAACGAUCUUCACAAAAAUUCAACCCUNAUAUCUCGGAGCAUCUCUCCUGAUCUCGUCCGUCCUACUUACAAAAGCUUUGAAGCGUUGUAAGGAGAGAUAGGAAGUUUUAAAUACUGAAAAACUGAUGACCCUCAACUCUUCAGAACAUCAUAUACAUGCAUGACAUAUUUCAGGAAAUAAGUACUCCUUGUAUAAUUUUUUGUAAUGAUUAUCUAGUUAUAUUUGGCGUCAAACUUUGUUGAUAAUUUAAGUGGGUCACCACGGAAGGAUUGGGAAGCCUUAAAACCAUAUUGCAAGGAGCUAUGGCCACCAAGUAAGCUACGUAUACCAUUCAGGAAUGGCCAGGAAGACAAGACAACUUCCUUGAUAAUCCCGAAUUCAAGGAGAGAUGCUUCGAGAUAUCCCGAAUUCAUAGUGAAUUUAUGAUUUAAAUCUCUUUUUGCAUGCCUUCCACUUUAUAAAUGGCGCAAGCAGAUUGAAGCAAAAUACAGUCCACGGGAUUAGAACGAAAAACGUGGUUGUGAUUAUGAAAUUGGUAUUUACUGCCAAGAUUUUCUUAUUCUUGCUCUUUCAACAUGUUCUGAAUGGAUAAUCAAAUAUUCUUUGCGUCCAAA